UAUAGUCAUUUUGACUUCAUCGGUCUAUAUAGGACUUAUAUCCAUAGGCCAAAAUGCGUGGGACAGCGGUGAUUUGGUUGUGCGCUCUCAGCGUACUGAGCGCGAGUGCUGCUCCGCAAAACCAAGAAUAUGAACUUGAGUCCAGUAGUGAAUUUGAUGAAAUGGAGUCGGACGUCGAAACCGACGAAAUUGUCGAAAUCUCGAAAAAGACGCAAGAAGGCGUGGAAACUGAAAAAGAAAUCAUCAAGAAGAGAGACAAGAAGUUUUCAGAAAAUUCCCAUUACGGAUCUCGUGCCCAAUACUAUAACAAUAUAGGGAAACCACACCGGGUCAUUGAACUCGAAGUGCCAGAUGACAAUGUAAAUUAUGAAGUGGUAACUUUACCAAAAGAAAGAGAUAGCCCUAUUGUUACUAUGCAGUUAGUUCCGCUGGGCUCAGGAGCACCAGGUCCUAUAGCACCAUGGCUUCCAUCACCACCUCAGCAGCCACUACCAUGGCAGCAAUGGCCACAGCCACCAGUCCCAUGGCACUUACAGCCACAGAUUCCUCAAUGGCAGCAGUGGCAGUCUUGGCCAUGGCAGUUCCCAGUGGGACCAGUGAGUCCAGUGGGUCCUGUGGGUCCAGUGGGUCCAGUGAGUCCAGUGGGUCCAGUGAGUCCAGUGAAUCCAGUGGGUCCAGUUAAUCCAGUGGGUCCAGUGGCACCAGUGAGUCCAGUGGCUCCAGUGGCUCCAGUGGCUCCCGUGGCUCCAGUGGCUCCAGUGGCACCACCUCCACCAGUGCCACAACCAGAACCGAUUUCUUCCGAGUCUUCAUUGAAGACUGAGUCAGAAUAUCACAAUGCUCAAUCACAGUCACAGAGGUCGAAAGCAUCGCAUAAAUCGAAAAAGUCUAAGACCGGUAGUUCUGGAAACCCAAGCGCAACUCCAGUGACUAUCAUUGAAGACGAAUCAAACGUGUCCUCCGAGUACCAACAGGCUGCCCAGUCUUCUCAGAGGAACUCUCUACAGGCGACCAACUCACAGACUACAUCUGGGGUUGAUGCAUACGGAAACCCAGUGAUCAUCGAGACAGAAGAGUCUGAUUCAAACGAGUCAUCGUCCAACCAGCAGUCAAGCCAGUACGGAAAGAACAGUGCUUCCCGAUCAUCUAGAAUUAUCGCUGCAGGAACAGACUCACCAGUCGUCGAGGAGAGUUCAUCUGAGGAAAGCUCCUCUUCACAGCAACAGUCUUCGUCUACACAGUCUUCAAGCUCUAAGAAAUCUUCUAAAAAAGUUAUUGGAACUAAACCAGGAGUAAAACCACCAUGCAAAAAGCCAGGACAACAGCCAGGAGGCUCGCCAGGAGGACCAGGAACCAAACCACCGUGCAAAAAGCCAGGACAGCAGCCAGGCUCUCCAGCCGUACCAGGAACGCCAGCCACUCCAGGAACUCCAGGCACACCAGCCACUCCAGGAAUUCCAGGCACUCCAGGAACACCAGGCACACCAGCCACUCCAGGAACACCAGGAACUCAACCAGGAGGACCAGGUACCAAACCACCGUGCAAAAAGCCAGGACAGCAGCCAGGAAGCUCACCAGGACAACAGCCAGGAGGCUCGCCAGGACAACAGCCAGGAGGCUCGCCAGGACAACAGCCAGGAGGCUCGCCAGGACAACAGCCAGGAGGCUCGCCAGGACAACAGCCAGGAGGCUCGCCAGGAAGCUCACCAGGACAACAGCCAGGAGGCUCGCCAGGACAACAGCCAGGAGGCUCGCCAGGACAACAGCCAGGAGGCUCGCCAGGAGGCUCACCAGGACAACAGCCAGGAGGCUCGCCAGGAGGCUCACCAGGAGGCUCGCCAGGAAGCUCGCCAGGACAACAGCCAGGAGGCUCGCCAGGACAACAGCCAGGAGGCUCGCCAGGACAACAGCCAGGAGGCUCGCCAGGACAACAGCCAGGAGGCUCGCCAGGACAACAGCCAGGAGGCUCGCCAGGACAACAGCCAGGAGGCUCGCCAGGACAACAGCCAGGAGGCUCGCCAGGACAACAGCCAGGAGGCUCGCCAGGACAACAGCCAGGAGGCUCGCCAGGACAACAGCCAGGAGGCUCGCCAGGACAACAGCCAGGAAGCUCUCCAGGACAACAGCCAGGUAGCUCACCAGCUUCUCCAGGCUCACCAGCUUCUCCAGGUUCACCAGGCAGUCCAGGCACACCAGCCACUCCAGGAACACCAGGCACACCAGCUACUCCUGGAACACCAGGCACACCAGCUACUCCAGGCACUCCAGGAACACCAGGCACACCAGCCACUCCAGGAACACCAGGCACACCAGCUACUCCUGGAACACCAGGCACACCAGCUACUCCAGGAACACCAGGCACACCAGCUACUCCUGGAACACCAGGCACACCAGCUACUCCAGGAACACCAGGAACUCAACCAGGAGGACCAGGUACCAAACCACCGUGCAAAAAGCCAGGACAGCAGCCAGGACAACAGCCAGGGCAACAGCCAGGACAACAGCCAGGAAGCUCGCCAGGACAACAGCCAGGAAGCUCGCCAGGACAACAGCCAGGAAGCUCGCCCGGACAACAGCCAGGAAGCUCUCCAGGACAACAGCCAGGUAGCUCACCAGCUUCUCCAGGCUCACCAGCUUCUCCAGGUUCACCAGGCAGUCCAGGCACACCAGCCACUCCAGGAACACCAGGUACACCAGCUUCUCCAGGAACACCAGGCACACCAGCCACUCCAGGUACUCCAGGAACACCAGCCACUCCAGGCACUCCAGGAACACCAGCCACUCCAGGCACUCCAGGAACACCAGGCACACCAGCUACUCCAGGCACUCCAGGAACACCAGGCACACCAGCCACUCCUGGAACACCAGGCACACCAGCUACUCCUGGAACACCAGGCACACCAGCUACUCCAGGAACACCAGGAACUCAACCAGGAGGACCAGGUACCAAACCACCGUGCAAAAAGCCAGGACAGCAGCCAGGACAACAGCCAGGACAACAGCCAGGAAAACAGCCAGGGCAACAGCCAGGACAACAGCCAGGAACUCCAGGAGGACCAGGUACCAAACCAGGAGGCCACCAUCCAGGAGGAAAACCAAAACCAGGCAAAGGAAAGGGCCGGAUUUGCGUCUGUUGGGAAGAAAUUGAGGAAAUACCCUCGAACAUUCUCAAACAAAUCGGUUACUGGAGCCGUUAAGAGUUUAACGUACCUCCGCGGCAGACUUCACACUACUCACUGAUGGCAAUAUGAAAAGUAACUCGAAAAUGUUUUUCUGUAUGUAUCCAUAUUAAGCAUUACAAAACCCAAUUGUAUAAUUGGACAAAAAAAUUUCAAUAAAUUAAUUUGUGUUUGAAAUAAA